UGGAAAUCGAAACGAAGCGAUCGUCGGGUGACGUUUUAAUUCGCAGUUGAUAUUUUAUCGUGUUUGUGGUGUUUAUAAAAUUUGAAAAUCGAAAUGAUGAAUCUGUCGCUUUUUGUGCCUGUACUCCUAUUGGCUGUUUUCGUAAAAGACGGUGAAUCAGUACGAUGCUGGACUUGUUCAUCGGACCUCAACCCGCUCUGCAAUGAUCCCUUCCUGGUCGGCCGAUCUGACAACUCCUACCUCUUCAGACUGGAGAACUGCGACGCCAGCACUGGUGCUACUUACCCUUACCUCACGUCAUCUAAGUCUGUUUGCAAGAAGCAGAAAAAAUACGUAAACGGUCUUCUCGUUGUAACAAGAGGAUGCACCUGGAAAAGACAAGAUGACUACUAUACCAACUGCCCAGGCUCCACAAAUGGCCCCAACGAAGUCACAACAUACUGUGAAACCUGUGAAUUCGACGGCUGCAACGGAGCUUCCGCCAUUGGCAAGACUCUCGCGUUAUUAGUCGUGCCUUUAGGUCUGCUUCUCUUUAAGUGAAUCUAAAUGUACCUAGAGUAACAUACGAGCAAUUUAUUGUUCUAAGAUAUAAAUCUGCAAGUGUUCUGUACAAGACAAUGUGAAAUCUGUUUCGUGUCCUUCCAUUUUCCGUUUCUAAAAAUCUAUUAAGAAGAUUGAUUUUUUUAAGGAAUGCUUAAGUACUGUUUAUAAAAUCAGCUACGUGUAGGUAGGGAAAUAUGAUAUUGAAUAUUUCCUAGAUUACACGAUCGAUGAAUGAUAUGUCACGAUAGAUGUGAAACUAAAUUAUACAGCUAAUGCAAACCAAUAUUAACUUAGUUGCACACAAUAGUCAAUGAAAGAAAUUCGUUAUUAAGUUGGUCGUUGCAAAUGUUACUUAACUACUACCUAAGUAUCUAGUUACCCAAUAAGAAAUCACAGAAUCGACACACAGAACAGAAACAGAUUUAACGAACAUCUACCUAAAGAUAAGUCAAUCAGUACCAAAAACCAUUAAACAUAUUCGAUGCUUCGAUAGUUCUCAAGGUGGGAGAUUUAACAACCUUUUUUGUUUACAUUAGGAAUGUUACUUUGAUCGUUAUAACAUAUAUGUAUAUUUUCACCUCACUAGCUCAUAAAAGCUUUCUUUCUCAUUAGAAAUCUGAGCGCAAAAGCGUUUUUUCCACGCUAGCGUGGAUUUUUUUAAAUUCGAACUUGAUGAUAUACUGUGGUGUAUCUAACUUUUUCUUUCGAUGAAAAAAAAACAUAAUGACACGUUCAAGUAUGCGUUUUGUCGUACAUUAUUUAAAUAAUAUAAGAAAAAUUUACCAAGUUUUGCCUUUUCCUUUACGGAAAGAAUUGAGAAAACAACAACAUUAUGUAUUAGAAAUCCGUUGGUACAUUUUAAUGUUAUUAUUGUUGACAUUAAAUUGACAACGAUAACUAAUUUUGUUUAUUAAAACUGAUUUGUUGUAGUUCAACUGUUUUUCUUUCAUCUACCAUUUUCCUCGCUAUAAUGUGGUCUGUGAGUGAGGUGAAAAGUUGUGUGUUUCGCUCGGCAGCAAAGUUGGUUUGCGUCUCGUGACUUGAAACCUUCGCUACGCUCAGAAUUCUAUUUUCCAAACCACUCGCUUCGCUCGCGGCACACCCCGGACACUCCAUACAACAGUCGAAAAUUAUUUACCUACUACUACAUACAGCAAGGCGCUAUCUGCAACCGCGCAAAUAUGUGCGCGAAGUGGUAGGGUUACUCAUAACUUUCUCGCACUAUUACGUUACGUGGUCAGAGGGACAAUAUAUUUAAAAUUCU